AUGUUUCCUUGUCGUGAUGAAUUGUCGGUGAUUUUUUCAUUCUUGCCAUUGGAGGAUUUGGUGAAUAGUAAAAUGCUCGUUUGCAAGUAUUGGAGAGAGGCUGCCUUUGGAAAUUUAGGAUUGUGGACUGCCCUGUUGAAUACACAUUUUAGAUGGGAAGAUUUUGUGAAUCCAAUGUUUCCUGAAAUUGAAAUUGAAUUACAAAAUUCCGAUGAAGGUUUAUCUGAUCAUUAUGAUUAUUUAGAGUACCUCUUUUCGAUCAUUCCUAAAUUUAUAUCAGUGGAGGAGAGGAAUGAAGAUGUUACAAUUGUUCAAGGAGAUUCUCUGAGUUUGGAACAAGUAUUUACAUUUUCUUUUCCUCUCUUGAAGAAUACAUUGGUUGGAGAGUUUUUUGAGAUACGGAGGAGAGAAAACUUGAUGAAAUUGGUUGUGAUUAUGACAAGUUUAAUUUCGGAUGAAUACAGACCUAAUCCUGUGACAGAUCAAGUUAUUUUACAUCAAUGUUUCUGGGAUGAUAAUUCAGAUAUUGUGAAAGAGGCCAAAAUUUUAAUACCAUUCUCAUUAUUUUGUUUUAUUAUUUUGAUUAGUGAAGGAGAUGAAUGGUUUUCAUGUUUGGAUUUGUUAUUCUUCAAAAAGAGAUUGAAUUGUAAUGUCAAGUACAGUAAGAUUGUUUAUGGAGUAUCACCUUAUAUUAUAACAUCAGAUGAUGAUUCAGAAGAAGAAGAGGAGGAAACAUCAACUGACAAAUUGGAACAAUAUUUAUCUCAGCAAAUUACACCAUUUUGCUAUUUUUCAAACUUGGAUGGACAUUACACAAGCCAAUCAUCAACUUCAUCCUCGUGGGAAGAUUAUGAUAAGCAAAUGUUUCCAAUCUUUUUCAAUGCUGGUGCACCAUAUAGUUUCUAUGAGAUGCGUGUAACCUUAAAUGAAAAGGAAAAUCUCAUCAUUGUGGAGAAGGUUUAUGGAAGUGGUUAUUAUUGA